AUGGCACGAUUAAAUAGAUCAUCGAAGCGUAUCGCGCUUCCAACACUCGAUGAGGAUGCUGCGAUAAAGCUCAUCAGUGAGCUUGUUAAAUUAGACAGCAGAUUUAUCCCCCAAACUCGUGGUUAUUCGUUGUAUCUAAGACCCACAAUGAUUGGUACGCAGGAGACGUUGGGUGUUAGCGCUCCUUCCUCUGCCCUGCUCUUCGUCAUUGCUAGUCCUGUUGGUCCUUACUACCCAACCGGCUUCAAGGCUAUUUCUCUAGAGGCAACAGAUUACGCGGUUCGUGCAUGGCCUGGCGGAGUCGGGGACAAAAAGCUGGGUGCAAAUUAUGCUCCAUGCAUUGUCCCUCAGACCGAAGCGGCAAAGAGAGGCCACCAACAGAAUCUGUGGCUAUUCGGAGAAGAGGAGUACGUCACGGAGGUUGGGACCAUGAAUCUUUUUGUUGCGUUAAAGAACAAAGAAACUGGGCAAAAUGAACUCAUCACGGCUCCGCUGGAUGGAACGAUUUUGGAGGGAGUCACCAGAGAUUCAGUCCUAACUCUUGCCCGGGAGAGACUGGGCCCCAGAGGUUGGACGAUAUCAGAGCGUAAGUUGACAAUGUCAGAAAUUGCCCAAGCUGCUGAUGAGGGUAGGAUGAUCGAGGUAUUCGGAGCAGGGACUGCGGCUAUUGUUAGUCCCGUCCGCACCAUCAGCUGGAAAGGACGUACGGUGGAUUGUGGUUUGAAAGAAAAUGAAGAAGCCGGAAAAGUAGCUCUCGAAAUGAAGAACUGGAUUGAAGGGAUUCAGUAUGGAGACGAAGAACAUAGUUGGAGGUUCGUUUUAAUUACCAUGCUCAACGCACGUAGGAAGGUCCCAAACGAAUGUGCCAUCAAUCUGCAGAAUCCAAUGCAUGGGCCCAGAGAGUCCAUCUGGGGGGCUAGGAUAGGAAGGCAAGUAAUCUACCGGCCAAGGGGAUCUGCUCCAAUCAGAAGCGUGGAGGGAGAGAAAGAUCUUCAAGAAGAUCCAUCGAUCCACUUCUGA